AUGUCAGAAAAGAUCAGGGCAGGACACUUGGAAGUAACGGUAGAGAAGACAGAGAAUAAAACUGUGGUGAGGGUGUGUGGUGACGAAAAGUUGACUGCUUUGAUCCGCCAGAAACUUCAGGAACGUUUUGGUAGCGGUAUUGUCAGUGUAGCUAUUGGAAGCUUUACCCUUGGACCACUUGCAACAGAGACCAAUGUAACAUCAGAAAAACCUCACAAUGGAGCACCGCUGAAGAUGGCAGUCAUACGCAUUCUCGAAAACGAAGCUUUCAAAGUCGUAGGCAUGGCGUUUAAUGAAGGGUGUGAAAAGCUGAUGAUGUAUAAAGAAGCUGAUAUAGCAGCGAAGUUAGAUGAAAGACGUGGAAAAAAUGAUACGUACAAGUAG